AACUUAGUGCUUUCGCGCUGCUCGUAGUUGUUGUAUCUGGUCCGCAUGUGGGUUUAAGCUCCAGUUUUUCUUUUUUUUUUUGGUUGGUCUUAAUGAUGACAAUGAGACUUUCGGUGGUUUGCAGAAACUGAUCUGUGCGCGCGAGAUCGAAACUGUGAUUUUGUGAUUAGAUUUAUAGAUAAUAGUAAAAGUGGGUUUUUUAGUUUCAUCGUAAAACUCAAUAAGGAUUUAUCAGGAAUUGAUAUAUUUGCACUGCAGGACUAUGGCACACUAAGAAAGACCUUAAUUGCCCUCCAAAAAUCAAACCAAAAAACAAAAAAAUCGUUUUUUUUUCGCGAGUGUAAGUGUUCAACAAUAAACUGUACCCCAUGAUUAUGGAGAUGACGAACGAGUACGCGGUUGGGAAGUGGUACGAAGGACCGAGGUCCGGCACGUCCGCGAGCCCUGCGCAGGGCAGUUUAGAAAGUUCGGGAAAUUCGUCGGAUUUGAACUCGAGUGUCGCCGAGCAUAUGGGGGCGUUUUUUCUUGACCCUAGCGGCUCUCAAAGGGCGAGGUACUACCAUCAGAGUAUGCACGCCCCAUACGGAGGCGUAAGUCAUGCCUCACGUAUGUCGUCGAGUCAAGUGUGCAGGCCGCAUUUCCACCCGCCCCUUCACCCCUGGCUCUCGGAUGCCUCAGCGAAGCCCUUGAGCCAUUCGGGGCCCUGGGUGCCCUUCGGUGGGGGCGCAGGAGACCCUGACAAAAGCCAGAGCCCCAACACCGCCCCCACACAGUCACAUAAUAUUUUUUCCUUUCCUCCUACACCGCCCAAGGAUUCAACACCCGAUUCGGUGGUACCGUCCGCGGGCGCAGAAUACCAAAGCGCGGUGGCGGCUGCGAUGGGCGCAUUUAUGCACGAGAACCCGGGGGCGCAGAGUUGCGCCCUGGACGUGAAACCGUCCGCCGGUUUGGUGGGUUCCAGUAACAGUACCACGGGGAACAACAAACAACGCGAAGGUAGUGAAUUCGACGGGACGACGUCGUCCGGUGGCAUGUUUAAUGGUAACUUUGAGAGUUCGUAUGGGGCUUCGCCGUAUGGCCACGGUAUUCACGGGGGAUAUUCGCCCCAAAGCAAGGGCGGUUUGGGGGUAGGCGGAGGCGGUGGAGGCGGCGGGGGACCUAUACAGUCCCCCAACAAGCCGAGGAAUAAAUCGAGAACGAGUGCUGAAGGGCGAGAGUGCGUGAACUGUGGUGCCACAAGUACGCCCCUGUGGAGACGGGAUGGUACUGGACAUUACCUAUGUAACGCCUGUGGACUAUAUUAUAAAAUGAAUGGUCAGAAUAGGCCUUUAAUCAAACCAAAGAGAAGACUGAGUUUACAAAGUGCGGCAAGGAGAGCAGGUACCAGCUGUGCAAACUGUAAAACCACCACGACGACACUGUGGAGGCGGAAUCAAAAUGGCGAGCCUGUGUGUAAUGCCUGCGGACUGUAUUAUAAAUUACAUAAUGUAAACCGACCCCUAACAAUGAAGAAAGAGGGGAUCCAAACGAGAAACCGGAAGCUAUCAUCAAAAAGUAAGAAGAAAAAAUCGGGGGCUGCAUGUUUAUCAUUAGGAGGGAUGAUGGGAGAUAUGAUGAAACCUCUGGAUGCCAAAGGAGGCUUUGGACAAUUUAACUCAAUGGGUGGAGGCCACCCUCACCUCAACGCCGCCCUUCAUCCCCAUCACGCCAUGAGCCACUGGUACCAAAACAGUGCGCACCCCCACGGGUUCGUCAGCGGUCCUCCACCCCCUGCUCCUCCACCCACAGCUUCUUACCAUCAUCAUAUGAGUUCCUUAAGUGCAGCAGGAUUGGGACUUACGUCUAAUGGAAUGGCUGGCUGGAGAUCAGAGUACACGUGAUAAGGAAACGUAAUCGAUCAGCAAGUUUCCUAUGACCCCGACCUGUAUAGCUUAGCACAAAUGCCAUUAAAGUCAUAUUAGAUAAACAAAUGAGAGUUGUAAAACGUCAAAGUAAUGACAACUGUCAAUAUUAUAAGCUUUAUCAUUUGAAACUUUGACUUUAAGGUCUGUGAUCUAUCGCAUAUGUAAAUUUGAAUUGUAUUUAUUUCUUUUGUAAAUACGAUGAUGGUUUUUUUUGUACAGUAUUUUAGAAGUAACUUAAGGUGUUUACAGUGAAUUUUUGACCAGGUUGAAAAUUUGUAAUUAAGUACAAAGUUGAACUUGUAAAUAAUAGCCGUGUAAUUCUACUAGGGAAUUUUUCUAAAUUAUUGUAUAUAGAUAAGUUUAUUUAAAUUACAUUUAAUGUGCAAUCUUAAGUUGUCGAUUUAUUUAUUUUCGAAAGACUGGAAGAAUAAAUAAGCCGCAGUGGUAAUUCUUUUGUCUUUAACGUUGUAUAAAAUGGCGAAAUUUUAUUUUUUAAAA